AUGGAAUCGCCUCAAAUGUACGAUACGAAUCAAAUCCAAGUGCGCAGUGAUAUCAAGAAGCUAACGAUGGCAGCGAACAAUAGUGUGAACGGUGCGAACGGCACGGCCAACGGGGCGUCGCCGACCAACAACAAUAACUCCCCGACGGCGAUUAACCAGAACACGCUGGCGUUGAAGCAGCAGCAGCAGCAGCAGCAGCAGCAACAACAGCAGCAACAGCAGGUUCAGCAGGUUCAGCAAGUCCAGCAGCAGGUUCAGCAGCAAGUCCAGCAAGUGCAGCAAGUUCAGCAGCAGCAGCAGAGUCAGCAGCAGCAGCAACAGCAGGUCCAGCUGGGGCAGCAUCCUGGUAACGGUGUGGUACCGAACCUGCUCACCAAUGGGAACCUACUGUCGAAGCAGAUGCUACAGCAGAUCCAGUACUCCCAGUCCGAGCUGGACGAGCUGACCUCGCAGGAGAUCUCGCUCGACCUGCAGCACCUGAUCGACGAUCAGUUCCGUGACCCGGAAGCGCUCGGGAUCUUCACCGAGAUGGUGACGGUGGGCAGCACGAACGGCACGAUGGCGAACCCGCUCGUACAGACGGCCGCCGCUAAGGCGCUCCAGCUGCAGCAGGCUCGACUUUCGCAGCACUCGAACGGCAACAACAGCUACCAGCGAUCUCUGGCCUACAUGCCACAGCCCGUGCACACCGGCGCGGCCUACGGUGGUACGUCGAGUGACGAGAACAGCUCGGUGGGCUCCUCGGCCGACUCGGCCAACAUCAAGGAGGAGCCCGUCGACCCGAACGAGUACCGUCGGCAGCUGCUGGCGAACGGUGGAGGCGCUCAGUUCAUGGGCACCAUCAAUGGCUACCAGGGACUGCCGGGUUCGGCGACAUCCGGUCCCACGAACGGUCUCCCCAAUGGCGGUCCCCUCGGUGGCAGUACCGGAGGCGGUGGUGGUGGUGGUGGUGGAGGCGGUGGCACCACUCCAAGCUACGUCACCAACGGCAACGGGAACAGCUUCUCCAGCCUCACACCGGCCGCCGUACUGCACCAUCAGGCCCUCCCGCACCUGGCGGCCGGUGCCGCCCACCUAGCGAACCUCACCAAACACAACAAGAUGCUGCCGCACGUGGGGCGCAAGACGGCCCCCAAGUCGGUGGACAAGGGCACGGACGAGUACCGGCGGAGGCGCGAGCGGAACAACAUCGCCGUGCGGAAGUCGCGCGAAAAGGCCAAGGUGCGAUCGCGCGAGGUGGAGGAGAAGGUGAAGACGCUGCUGAAGGAGAAGGACGUGCUGAUCCGGAAGAUCGAGGAGAAGAACAACGAGAUCGCGCUGUACAAGCAGCUGUACAUGCACCUGAUGAACCACAGCAAUCCCGAGAUCAACCAGAUCUGCCGCAGUGCGCUCAAUCUGUCCAACAUGGGUGAUCACAUGUAG